UUUUGUUUUUCUUCGUCUCUCGUUGACACUUCGAGAAGUCUCCGGUGCAGCCGCUACGGUUAUGCUUGUGAAUUCGUUGGUCCGAAAUAUUUUUAGAACUUUGUUUAAUUUUCCUGCGUACAGCCGGUAUUGCACAAUGAUCGAGGCAAAGCUGGAGGCCGUUCCGUUGGUUGAAAUCGAUGAAGGGAUCUUCAAGUAUGUGCUGAUCAAAGUCUACGGCACGGAAAAGGUAGAUGGCAGUGAGCCAGCCAAGAAUAUUGUGCGCGGGUUUGCUCGGGCGCAAUGGCAUUCUGAUAUCUACGACGAGGUGAGCUCAUCUUUAGCAGGGCUCGGAUUGGAGACGGAAUGCCUCGGUGGCGGACGUAUCGAGCACCGACCGGACCAGAAGCUGAUUAAGGUAUACGGCUACUCGCAGGGCUACGGUAAAGCCGACCAUGAAGAAGUUAAGCGUAUUUUAUUGACGAAAUAUAUGGGAUAUCAGUAUGAAAUCUCGGAUGAAGGUUAUUAGUACUGCGUUGGCUGAUUUACAAUUUUUAUAAUACAUAAUUUAUUUUAUCCCAUUGAAA